UUCCCAUUAUUUCUAAUGGAGCCGGACUUCUUUUUGAAACCAGAAGAGUCGCCCCUUGCUGGAUUUUCAAUAGAAUACAGGUUUCAGGGACUUCUGCAUUCGCUUCAUAUUGUGGAUCAGAAGCUUUCCGCUUGGCUAAACCCCAAAUGUUUACGUCUGCUGUUGCACCUGUCUUGGACUCUGUAGGGUUUAUAUGUUUCCAGCAUCACCUCUGUUGCCAGUUUAUAAUUUGUGAAGAAUGAAAUGCUCUUUCUUAGCCACUUACUACCAAAUUAUGUCAUCAUCCGUUGGCAGGAAGUAGAGAUUAUCAAUGACUCAAUGCCGAGAAAUGUGUGGUGAUUGGCAGGGAUGAUUGGUGAUGAUAUCAUCUGAGAAAUUUCAGCACUUCUGGUUUGGAUGGUGAUGAUGAUGUCACUGCCAUUGUGUGAAGGCUGUGUGCAUGUGUGUGAUAUCAUCACGUCCCACUAUGAGUAAUGCCUACCCCAAUCAGCACAAGGAUCACACACAGGCCACACACAGUGUUCUGGCAGAGCUCUUGUCCAGCCGCUGUGUUAAAGGCCAGACAUAAAAGUCAAAUGUCACGGUUGUAAGUUUCUGUUCACCUUGCGGAAACACAGGAUUCAGCCUGAGCGUCUGUGCGACAAGCUUCUGCCAAACAGCUGACAGCAGGACGAUCUGAAACCACACAGCACCGCGUACACUGUUAGGGGAGGACAGGAGAACGGUGUAUGUUGCAGAAUGAAUGUAUAUAGUAUAUAUAAUGUAUACAGUAGACAGUAUACAGAUCAUACAGGCAGUUGAAUAUAUGUUUUCUGAUGUAAUUUUAAAGUAAUAAGAUCAAGAGAUAUUUUUUCAUUGUUUAAUAGUUUUUGGAUUUGUUGUUAAGCAUUCAGUGAAAACAGCAGGACCAGAUAAUAUAGGAAUUAAAUGCUGAUUUGUACCUUGUCUUCACCGGCCGUACAGUGAAAGCAGAACGUCAGCAGCACAACAGCAUCAGCUGCAGUAAGGAGUCACACUGGAUCUGUUCAGCCACAGUCAUGCUGUACACUCACUUUUUGGCAUUUCUCAUAUACCAAUGUACAAUCAUGCACAAAUAAGACUAUAUAAGACUAAGAAUAAAAUAGACUUGAAGACAUCCUUUGAAGCAAAAGAACUGUGCAACACUGCUACUUCUCCCUUGUUGAUGUGGGUGUGGGUGAAGCUUACUCGUUAGCACACUGCAAGAAUAAGCAACUGAAGCUGCUACUUUCUCCAACAAUCUAUGUGACUUUGUGUCAAUUUGUUUGUACCUCAGGCGCCCCCCUAGCUCAGGGCUUAAGACACCAACUAUGAACCUUAACGUCCCGGGUGAGUCAGACCUUUUGCUCCUCUGUCUCUCUCCCUCAUUUCCUGUCAUCUUUCUGCCGUCUAUGAUAAAAUGCCAAAUAUUUUUUGUACCUGUACUCUUUGAGGCAGGGGUCGCACAGAAAUGACAAUACUAAUCAUCUCUUACACAGACAGGUUUUCAUAGCUACACAUCCACCUGUAAAGACCCACCCUGACUGAAAUCUGUCUUUUGAUUUUUGUAAAAGCCAAUACAAAAACACUAAAGAAAAGGAGAAAAGCUAAUGGCAGAAAGGCAUAAAUAACUUAUUAAACUGGCCAUAGACAAUAACUAAAUUAACUAAAUCACUCUCUUAAGUGAGGUAUGACUGACCGGAAAGAAGGUUGUUUUGCAGGAUCUGAAACUACAGGAUAUACUUUUAGUCAUCGGUCCUUACAAGUGUGUUUUCAGUCUGCUGACACAAAAUUCAGUGAACACAGCGGACACCUCCCCAGUCAGCACCGUGGAUGGCAGCCAUGACACCGUUGAUGAGGUUUGUGCAUUUCUUUAUGAGUUAAAUCGUGCUAUUACUACAAAUGCUAACCCUGUUCUGUCACAGUAAUGGAAGAGGACAGUGGAGCAGCGCGAAGGUCUUUAAUUUAAUAAAGGUCUCUUAAUUUGUUUAGAUCUUUAUUGUCAUUGUGCUCACAACAGUGAAGUCAGUGUGCAUAAAAGUUCAAUAAUUAUAAGUAAAUAAGAGCACCAACAUACAUACUUUUAUGUACCAACCAGGAACAGUUUGAGACUGGCCAACCCUCAGAUCACUGGAUGACCUGCUCUGCGACUUGGCUGAAAGUUUUUAUUUAUUCCGCACAAAAUUCUUUUCCAGAAAAACAUAAAGUGCAUCAGUUACUACAUCUCCAUAUCAUUUUAUCACUAAAUUCCAGCCCAAUAUCAAGUGAUUAGAACAGCAGAUGUAGGAUUUUGACCUGAAUCUAUGUUGAAUCCCUACUGUGUUAUUUCAAUCAUCAUUAAAAACUUGAAAAACAGACAUAGACUUACGAGAAAUAUGUAUCACUUUAACCUCUCAGGGCAGAGCUCACUCCCCCAUAAUCCUCUCUAUCUCGCUGAGUGUUGCUGUUGAACCCCAGCCAAUUGAAUAAUGCCUCUGCCUAGUCAACCAAGUGAAGAGUGGGUGUAUGUGUGUGUGUAUGUAACUUAACUCUUGAUAUUAGCUAAUUUGUGAAUAUUUGAGCAGAGGGAGCUUACAGCACACAAACACACACACACCCCUAGUGUUUUUACAGUUUCUCAACAUAUCCCCAGUGCAGCCCUCUGAAGCUCUCUGCUGCCAGCUGAAUGCUCAGGCAGGAGGUCUGCAGCCUCCGCUGACCCCCUCAGCGACCCGUGGGAGCCUUUUUUCAGAGAACUGUGGCUCUAGUGUGUAACACUGAGCACUAUGAGUGGUUUGAUCUCCUGCUGGUCUCCUGCUGCAGUAAACACAAAAACACACCACCAGGGAUCGAACAGUUAUCAAUAGUUCAUCAACUGCCAUGAACUUUAACCCUUCAAUGCAGAUGCACUAGUAGACUCCGCAGCCUCUUCAACAUCUUGUCAAAAAAAUUAUUUUCAGCAAUGCUUGGUUGAAUAAAAACUCUCUGUAUUUUUGAUGAAAGCUAAACAACCUUUUUUUUUACUUUCAUCAGCACAAUGGUCCAACAAGCACAUUUUUAUGCAUAUUUGAGACAUUGGAUACUUCUGGUGGGAUUUCAGCCAGUUUCUUACAAAAACCAAAGAACUUUCCACGAAAGUUACUUGCAACCUAAAGAAAAAAGGAAUUGCUCAACCUUUUGGGAGAAGAAAUAUUUACACAAAUUGAGACCACAAAUUGUUAAAGGUUGGUGGAGUAUUUAAUUUUGGACAGAGCCAGGCUUGUCCAACUGAUUCCAGUCUUUAUGCUAAGCUAGGCCAACUAUGUCGCAUUUAACCGAGGUAGGACAUUCUGCUGCAAUGAGGGAAUCAGAUGCAGGAUUUUGGACAUAUUAAAGGUAAAAGUAGAAAUGAGACUACUCUCCAUCUAAAUCCUAUAGAGGGCAGCAUAUCAAGUUGUAACUGCGGCUAACUGCCAUUAGCUAGUUAGCUCUGUUAGCCAUGCUGACUGAGUCCGGAAUGGGCACCAGAACCAGAGCUCUCUCCCAGUUGACAGAACACAGCCUUCGAGGCCAACGUAGGCCAGUUUGACAACAGGAAAUACAGUAACAAGGUGAUUUACAGCAGCUCUGACCUGGACUCUCAAGGUACAAGUGGUAUUACAACAGAGUGCAGGCAGGGACUGGCUGGUUAGCGUGCUAAAUUCAAUAUCUCUGCAACACAAUGCACACAUAUCUUUUGCCGUGACGCUAAAACUGUUACUUCCUCACAUUCUGUUGAUAAUGUUAAUUUUUUAAUGUUUUAAACUAAAGUGUAAAAUCAGUGUAAGAUCUAGCCAGAUCUUACAUACUGUACCUUUUAAAGACCAAACACACCAAUGAUUCACCUACACAGAUGUUUUAACUUACAUUGCUUGAUCAGACCUCUUCUUAAGGCUUUGUGGGUGAGUUCAGGCUGGUGUUUGGUGGCAAAACAACUGUGUGGGUGUGCAGGGCUUCUAAAGUAUGUUUAAUUAUAACAAAAGCUAAAAGAAUUCAGUCUUUGUGAAAUUAAUUCAAAAUCAAAUAGACUUGCUCCAAGUGUUCAUCCAUACGUUGCUAGUAGAUAAACUCAUUACUCAUAGCCACAUUUCCAAAAACUUGAUGUAUUACCCUAAUGUCACCGACCAAAAAGCGUUACCUGCCUGAAAAUGCCUAACCAUUUCAGUCUUUACAUUCCUGAUUAAUGAAUGCUGACAGAAAAUUCAGGUCAACACAUGUCUUAGAAUUAAUACCAGUUCAAUACAGUGGUUGAAAACAAUUUCUGGGGAUUAAAGCUUCCCAGGCACAUAAAACAGCCCUAUGUUUUAAAAAAGAACUGCAAAGAGCAGCGUGUCACUUGGGGACUUGGUGAGACAAUGAAAUCCAGGCCAAUUUUGAGUUAAAAGUUUGAAGUCUUGUCAUACUCCAAAAAGCUGCAAUGUGUAAUAUGAAGAUGGUCUUUACAACUCUGGAAAGUUAUUAUAAUCAUCUUAGAAGGAAAUCUACCAGGAAUAUGCAUUGUAAAGCUGAGACAACUUUUUAACAACUUAGCUGUCAGGGAUGCUGACUGACAAGUCUUUAUGGCUGCUUUUUAGACCUAUGAGAGUCGGAUAUCCUGCCUUUUUUCUAAUUUACUGCAUAAAGUUGUGGAAAACAUUAAAGACAAAUACUAUUGGAAAUAUCUGAAUCAUCAUGUUUAGGAAAAACUAAAUCUUGGUGACACAGGAGUAACUGAACUCCCAACACACACUUUAUGGCUGACAAGAGUACUUUAACUCACUUCACUCAUCAUCUCCUAAUCUGUACUCACACACACACACACACAUGCAUACACUCACACACAAACUCAUAAAUUGCACUGUAGGUUGACCACAACGCCACGUACACAAAUAUGUGUUUGCCAUACUGUAUGCAAGCUCUCUCUCUCCCACACAGGAGUGGACACACACACAUACACUCACGUCCAACUGGGUUGUUUUUCUAAGGGGUGUUUAUGUAAAGGAAGCUGGAUCCUGAAACUCUCUGCAUACUUCACAUUUAUGAAGGUUGGAAACGGCCCGACUGCUGAUAUGAUUACACGAAGAAGCAAGCAGGAAAAAUCUCUGACAUUCUCAUAUGGAAGCCAUUAUCCUUUCUCAACAUCACUUUCUCUCUCUGUUUAUCUUUACCUUCUCUCCCCCCAUUCUCUGACUUUCUCUCUUUCAUUCUCGUAAUUUCUCUUCUCAUUUCUUUCUUCUCAGUUUUUCACAUGCUGUUUGUGUUUACGAGUGUUUUUCUUGAACAAGCUGCAUGCAUGUGUAUCUGCCGCCUGCUGUGAAUUGUUUUGUGUAGACACAAGCAUCAGAAGUGAGGCACACAAAUAAACACACACACACACACAAGUAUAGUGGAAUGGUUUGAUUAAUGGCUAGUUGGCCUGACUUUUCUCUCUGGAUCAGCCAGUGUUAGACAUUAUAAACCCAUAAUUCACUAUUAACACCCCACCAGAUCUAUGUAUGUGUGUGUGUAUGUGUGUCUUUCUCAUAAGCCCCCUCCACCCUUCAGUCCACUCCCAAAUGACAUCAGAAGAGUGAGGAGUGAGAACACAGUGCAUGACUGACAGAGCCCAGGACGAGAGACGGGAUAAACCCUGAUGCUCUGUGUGUGACUGUGUGUGUGUGUGUGUGUGUGUGUGUGUGUGUCUCCAUGCGUGCGUGUGUGUAUGUGCAUGCGUAUGUGUGUGUGUGUGUGAGAGAGAGAGAGAGAGAGAGAGCUCUCACGCCCUGGAUGCUGUAAUGACACAAUCAUCUCUGGCUGAACAGAGUUGGUGUAGACAGAAAACAUAUACACAAACUGCCACACGCGCACACGCACACACACACACACACACACACACACACACACACACUGAAAGUGAGGUCCACCCUGCCUGACUGCAGCUCGGUUUCCAAACAUUGCAUCAAAUUCCCAGAAAUAUGACAACAGAAACCUGAGAGGCCAGAGUUAUUCUGUCGCUGACCUCCAAGCCCUGCACAGACUGGAAGGAUUUUCAUAUGGGCCUACAGGCAGACAGACACAUGUUUGGUCAGUACGCACAGUACACAACAGCAACUGGAUGUCAGAGAACAGGAUCACCCACGUUGCAGUGCAGGAGCAGCUUUUCAAGCCAUGCUAGCAGCAGUGAAAUAUCUCAACAUCUAUCUCACAUUGGCUGUAAUAACUGCGGACACCUAAGGUGCUUUCAAACAGCAAACAAUUCUCAGCAGCAGCAAGGAGAGGGUGGAUGGUAAAAAGUAUUGGAUCAACAUCCAUUCAAAGUCUGAUUAUCAGGGUUUAAUAUGGAGUUGACCCAUUCUUUGCAGCUACAACAGCCUUAACUCUUCUGGGAAGGCUGUCUACAAGGUUUAGGAGUGUGUUUAUGGUAAGUUUUGACCAUUCUUCUAGAAGCGUAUUUGUGAGAUCAGGCACAGACGUUGGACGAGAAGGCCUGGCUCACAGUCUCCGCUCUAAUUCAGCCCAAAGGUGUUCUGUCGGGUUGGGGUCAGGACUCUGUACAGGCCAGCCAAGUUUCCAUACCAGCCUCGUUCAUCCAUGUCUUUAUGGACCUUGCUUUGUGCACUGGUGCGCAGUCAUGUUGGAACAGGAAGGGGCCAUCCCCAAACUGUUUCCGGAGCUGGAUGCAGCUGCUCGGCUACGGAAAACCCUUCCAUGAAGCUCUCUAUGCACUGUUUUUGAGCCAAUCCAAAGGCCACAUAACGUUUGGAGGUCUGUAGCUAUUGACUGCUGAAAGUUGGUGACUUCUGCUCACUGUGUGCCUCAACAUGCGUUGACCCCACUCUUAGAUUUUAUGUGGCCUAACGCUUUCGUGGCUGAGUUUGUGUUGUUCCCAAACACUUCCACUUUCUUAUAAUACCACUAACAGUUUACCGUGGAAUAUUUAGUGAGGAAAUUUCACAAAUGGAGUUAUUGCACAGGUAGCAACCUAUGACGGUACCACUCUUGAAUUCACUGAGCUCCUGAGAGCGACCCAUUCUUUCACAAAUGUUUUUAGAAGCAGUCAGCAUGCCUAGUUGCUUGAUUUUAUACACUUGUGGUCAUGGAAGUGAUUGGAACACCUAAAUUCAAUGAUUCGGAGGGGUGUGUAAAACAUUUGGCAAUAUAGUGAACACUGAAAUGGUUAUUAGUUGAUGUAAUUGUUUCUCCUAUCCAAACUGGCCACAAAGAAAUCCCUUUCUAAAAGCAAUUUAAAGGAAACGAUAUGCAAAAAUCCAUUGUGAAGUUCAGCUAAAGCUAAUAUGAAGAUUCAACAGUUUCGUUAGACUAAAAAGUGGAUUUCAUCUAAUCAGUUCUCACUCCCAACACAUGAAAUACAGCAACUUGAUCAGUGGCUGUAAGCUUCAAACUAUGUCGCUAUAGGUGCCCCUCUAGUGUAAAUUCUGGCAGUGUUGCUUGAUUUUUUCUACAGCUAACCAUGGUGACUGUUUCACAAAGUUAACCAUGCAUUUUAUUUUGAAAGUCUAACCACUCGCUCAUCGUCAACCGCUUAUCCUCUGUACAGGGGCAUGGAGGGGCUGGAGCCAAUCCCAGCUGACAUUGGGUCGAAAGGCAGGUCGCCAGUCCAUAGCAGGGCCACAAAAGUGUAACCGGAUGUUGCAUUUAUUAUUUGCUUACUUCACCGUGGAGUCCUACACAUGCACAGCGGAUGCUAGAGGGUGUUAUGGCUGUAUUUUCCUUUUCUAUCCUUGUUCUCCUUCAGAACAAGUGCUACAACUGAUUACUGAACAAGGUCCACCUGGCCUUGGAAGGCGGGCUUUAAAAGCACCUGUGCAAGAUUCAGAAGAGAGGCUUUUGAUUUGGGACUGCUGGUCUUGCUGCCUUUCAGCUGGGGAAUGUUGUGUUACGUCUGUGUUUUUGGUGUUCUUGAUUUAUCACCUUGUUGUGUUAAUACAUUCCCUUGAUUUGGUUGUUUUAAAGGUGUUUACCUGUGUUUAGUUUGGGGUCAGUGUUGGAGAUUUUUCACCCCAUGUAGCCACCAAAGGGUGGGGAGUAAUAGAGGGGUACAUAGUGUCAUACUUUGAAGCUUAGGGCCUCUGACCAAGCUGCCCACGAUUUGGGAGUGAGAACACUUCAUCAGAGGUUACAGCCUCUUUAAUAUGAAAUUCCUAUUUGUGCUUCCAUGAACAGUGUUUCUUUGCUGAGCCACAGCAAAUGGAUUGUGAGACAGAGCAGGAAUGUGAUACUAAAGAGACUGAAUAAGUUCAGACUCAUAAGUUUCAGCUGAACUUUACAUUUUGUACUCUUCUGAGUUCUGAGUAAAUUGUUGUUGGAGAUCAUCUAACAUCAACACAGGUGCAGAUGACGAUAAGCAAAAAUUUUCUGAGAAGUCCAGCCAACUACCUUCCUCAUCUUCGCUGGUCUGAGAUCAGUCCCCCUGGGUGAAUCCAGAGUUGAGGCUCCUAGUGGCAUCACUCACAGAAGUACUCACCGGUCAGCCAUGCCAAUGCAUCAGUGAUCGAUGUACUGAGUUCCUGGCUGAACACUCACCUUCAUCUAUCCUCAGAAGAGAGUACAGAGGGGUGGAGGAGAGAAAGAUGAAGAUGUAAGGAUCAGCAGAGAAGCAGCAGAGCCAGAGAGAAGAAGAUAGGCAGAAAAAAGCAUUUCUCUCUGUGACCUGCAGAGUGAGAUAAAUAGAAAGAGCACUCUGAUACAUUAGCUGAUGAAUGAUUGAGCUAACACCUCCCCCAAUAGCCUUCCCAUCACCUUCCUCUUCUACAUACAUCCUCACUCCCUCUGUUUAUUUAUUUACUUCAGCAGAGCAGCGUGGGACCAGAGAGGGGAGGUGAUGAAUGGAAUGGAAAGUCAUACAGGGCAGGAGCAGCAUUUGGACUCUGCGUGUAUGAGUGUGUGUGUGUGUGUGUGUGUGUGUGUGUGUGUGUGUGUGUAGUUCUUCUCUCCUUGUGAGAAUGAGUCUCAGGCCUUUCAAGAAAUGACAUUUUUGCAGAGUGAUGUAACUUUGGUCAGUCCACACUUCUGCCAGAGGCCAGUUUAUGUAUAGUAAAUAGGGGGUUUAAGUUUAAAGAUGAGAUUAGAGCAAGCAGUUACCACCUGGAGCCAAAUGUUGAAGCUAUUGUGGACAUGCACCAAGAUUCAAUUCCUCCAAGAAAAGUCUCACUGCACUGACGUCAGUGGGAAAUACCCAAACCUUUCUCUCAAAAGUCCAAAACAACUUGUGGUCCUUCUGGUGGAUUUACUCAUUAAUUUUUAAAAACAGUGCUGUGGAAAUACAUUGAGAUCUGUGUAGUCAAAGACACAAUGCUGAGUCACAGGAUUAUCUUUGUAAUCCUAGUGGUGUUGUUUAUAUGAAAGGUGCCAAAACAAUGUUGCCAGUUGGGUAAAUCUCCCUCUUGGCAAAUGUGUAAACAUCUGUACUUUAAAUAAUUAAAUAUGAAUGUCACUGUAAAUACCAUGUAUUAAUGUGGUACAGCUAACAGAACAAGUCAGAUUGUUUCAAUGCACUGCAAUGAAAAAAGCUCUGCCCCAGAUUUUAAAGGAAUAGUCAAACAUUUUGUGAAACACGUAUAUUUGCUUUCUUGCGAGAGUUAGGUGAGAAAAUUGAUAUCACUCUCAAAAAUAUAGUCAUAAAUAGAGUCUAUAGCAGACCUGGGCAAACUACGGCCCGCGGGCCACAUCUGGCCCUUUGUACGUCCCUGUCCGGCCCGCGAGAGGCCAAUCAUAAAUUACAACAUAAAUUAAACUAAUAUAUGUUGUGCGUGCAAUACAACUGUGGCGCUUUUAUUUUGAAAGCGCUACGUUUGUGUUUGUGUCUUCCGUGUGUACGCACAGCUCCCACGCACACGCGCGUAGGUGAACAGGGACAAGUGAUGCUAGCCAGAUUACCCCAAGAUGUCAGCUCACACUAAGAAAAGAAAAGUUGAUAAGGAAUGCCGCGUUUUCAACAAGACAUGGACUGCCAAGUAUUUCUUUACAGAAAUUAAAGGUAAUGCUGUGUGCUUAAUUUGUGGUACACAGGUCGCUGUGUUGAAAGAUUAUAAUUUGAAUCCUCACUACACCACCAAGCAUGAGGAGAAAUACAGAAAUUUGACUGACAAAGAGCGCGCAAAGGAGUCUGAUGCGUUGCUAGCAAAACUGCAAACCCAACAAGGCCUUUUUACCAAACUUCACACCCCCAGAGAUGCAGCCGUCAGGAUAAGUUAUGUAAUUUCUCACAAAAUCGGCAGAAAAAGUAAGGCGUUUUCUGACGGCGAGUUCAUUAAGGAGUGCUUAUUGGACUCUGUUGCACUGAUAUGUCCGGAGAAAAAGGCCGCGUUUGAGAACGCGUCACUCUCCCGACGCACCGUAACGAGGCGGGUUGAGGACAUCGCUGGGAACUUGGAGCUUCAGCUGAAGAACAGAGUGGACGACUUUGACUGUUUUUCUCUGGCUUUGGAUGAGAGCUGCGAUGUACGUGACACCGCCCAGCUCCUCAUCUUCUUACGUGGGAUAACUGCAGACUUUAAAGUCACGGAGGAGCUGGUGGCCAUGCAACCACUGGUAAUGACUUGUUCACAGAGGUAAAUGCAUGUUUGGACAUGUUAGGACUGAAAUGGGACAAGCUGGUAGGUGUGACAACAGACGGUUGUCCAAAUCUGACAGGGAAAAAUGUUGGCCUUUUAAAGAGAAUGCAGGAUAAAAUGACAGAAAUUAACCCUGUGCAGAAGUUGACAUUUUUGCAUUGUAUUAUACAUCAGGAAGUGUUGUGUAAGACAGUGUUAAAAAUGAACCAUGUUGUUGAUGCUGUAACUAAAACAGUUAACUUCAUCAGAGGGAGAGCAUUAAAUCACAGGCAAUUUGUUGCACUUUUGGAGGAAAAUGAGCUUGAACAUGGUGACAUAAGCUAUCACUGCACCAUCAGGUGGCUCAGCCUAGGCAAAGUGCUGAAAAGUGUCUGGGAUCUGAGAGACCAGAUUCAGGAUUUCUGUGUGAAGAAAGGACAUGACGUCCCAGAGCUUUCAGAUGAAGACUGGGUGACAGACCUCGGAUUUGCUGUGGAUGUGACUGCACUCAUGAACGAACUAAAUGUCAAACUGCAGUGCAAGGGCCUUUUUGUGCAUGAGAUGUACAGUGCAGUGAAGGCUUUCAUGAGAAAGUUGCAGCUUCUCUCAAGCCAAGUGAAGGACAACAUUCUGACCCACCUGCCAACACUAAAGGAAGCCACAAGAUCAGCCGAUCACCUCCACAAGUACUCAACCAUGUUAGAAGCACUGCAUGGAGAGUUUUCAAGGCAAUUUCAAGAUUUCAAAACUCUUGAGAGUGAAAUGCACAUGGUGUCUUCUCCCUUCAACUGCAAUGUGGAUAAUGCACCAAGUGAUGUCCAGAUGGAACUCAUUGACCUGCAGUCUGACACGCUUCUGGCAGAGCACUUCAAGUCAGUCUCACUGCUGGACUUUUACUCCUCCCUCAAAGAGGAGAACUUUCCACACCUGAGGAGGCAUGCUCAGAGGAUUCUUGUCCUGUUUGGAUCUACCUAUGUAUGUGAACAGACAUUCUCAGUGAUGAAGUUCAACAAAUCCAAACACAGAUCCUCUAUCACUGAUGACCACCUCUCAGCUGUCCUUCGCAUAGCCACCUCAGACAUUCAGCCAGAUUUCAAUGCACUUGUUCAAGCCCAGAACAGACUGGAUUAUUCUCACUGAAGAGGUAAAAUGAGGUGGAAAACAUUACAAGUUUUUGUUUGUUGUAUUGCUGUAUUCCUAUAAACUUGUUCAGCUGUUUGUUGUUUUUCAUUGUUUGUGGAGAUGAAUAAAUUAAGUUCAAGUUAUUGUUGGUGUGGCCCUCUGACACAAUUCAGGUUUCUCAUGUGGCCCCUUGUAAAAAUUAAUUGCCCACCUCUGGUCUAUAGCCAUUAGAUGCUUAGCUUAAAUUAGCUUAGCAUAAUGACAAAAAAAAAAAAGCCUACCAGCAUCUCUUAAAUACACUAAUUAACAGGUUAUAUCUUGUUUAAUCCGCACAAAAAACAAAUUGUGAAGGAGAUGUUGUAGUUUUAUGGGAAAUUAAGCUCCGAAUAUUUUUCUGCAGUCUUGUUGUCACUGUGAGGUGUCCAGACAAACAGCAGAGACUCCAGGAAAGAGAAACAGCUAGUUGGUUCCCCCUGCUUCCAGUAUUUAUGCUCAGAUAAGCUAACCAUCUCAUGUCCUUCAGUACUUUGCAAAAUGUAAAACAAUUCCUUUAAAAUGUGCUAUAAAAGUCCGUCAUCAGCAAGUCAAGACAGUCUUGCAGACUUUUAAAGCCUUUCAUGCAAGUUUCUCUAAUCGUAUAAUGUGACAUUGAGAGCGGGAAUGACUUAAAAACCUGGAAGAACAAGAAAAAGAAUAAGAAAAUAAGUACAUAUAAUCAAGAAGCAGUAAAAUUAUAUAUAUAUAUAUAUAGUGUUUCAGUGUUUCUCCAUGUGAGGGACCAGGCAGUUAGGCAUGAGGAGUCAAGAGGGAAAUUUAAAGCAAAAGGGUUUUAUUUACCAAAAAAAUCAUUACAACAAAAGAUAAAGUUUUGGGCCCAUAAAAGAGGUCAAAUAAACAAACAAACAAACUAAAGCUCUGAACAUAAGAGACUCAAAAAUACAACUGACCU